AUGGUAGCGCAUCAUAACCGACAGACCGAUGGUGGCGUAAAUAAUGCAAUGAGCAUCGUUUUACCUAAAAGGGCUAAUGUUGAUUUCCUAGCACCUUCGCAGGCUUUACAGGAUGCAAAGAAGAAACUUGGACCUGUCUAUUUUGAUGCCAAAUUAAUAGAAUGUCCACAAAACGCAGUGGAACUUUCAAAGCUCAUACAAGAAUGGGAUGAGAUAGACAAGAAAAAAUUCAAGAUUAUCGAAGAAACCAGAAGAAAUCAGAGAGUUUUGUUACAUACAUUGGGUUCUAAGUAUACUUUUUCUAAACAUGUCACAGGUCUAGAUUCUGCCUCCGAUCUACGAGACGCGAAGCUUCCACCUCCAGGCUUCCGAUAUCAUUCUAAUGGAGCCCCAAAACUGUCGCUUGUUCAAGAUCAAGAUAUCUUUUCUGAAUAUUCUCCAUCACAAAGUUGGUUAGAAUUAAAGUCUGAAGGAGACGAGGAGCCAUUCGGGUUACCUCUAGGUGCUCCUCGACGUCAUCUGUACAAGAAAGAUAUUGAAGAUGCUUCGAAAACUGCUAUUGAAAAUAUAUCCGGUAACGUUAGCCUAUCGUCCACAAAUUCGGACUUUCAACCGGCGAUAACAGAUAAAUACAUUCCAGGUGAAUCAAGAAUAACUAUUGCCAAGAUUGAGAAGGAGGAACCGUCAAUUAAUAUCGAUUAUGAAAACGAAAUUAAGAAUCUCGAAAACAUCAUAAAGGAAAUCAACGAGGACUUGGAAAAAAAUAAUAUUGAUCUGCAUGAAAAUUCUGGCAGUGCCAAAGGUAAAGUUUAUGCAUUCCUUAGAGCGCAUGCUCGCGGUGACAAAGUGUCUCUUAAACAACUAGUUGAACCUCAAGAAUGGUCAAGACCUAACGAUAGAUUUGCAAUACCACCCGGGUCAUCCACGUUUGAUGUUCGCGAUCCUUUACGAAAAUCGAAGAGCUCUAAAUCUGAUCUGCAUAAAAGGAAAAUUAAUACCCGGAACCACGGUAACUGUGUGGCAUGUGUGUGUAAAAUCAAAGACCACAAUGCCGCGUUAAGCCAAAAGAGGAAAGACGUAAGUAAACUUGUCCUAAAGCGAUGGAAUAGCUCGACACGCGGGAAUCUGAAUGAGAGCUCAACAUUUCUAUCGACAGCGUUUCUAAAUAAGCGCGCUUGUUCAGCAGUUGCUUUGCGUAGAAAUCACAACAGCUCUCCACGAGCAGAUAAUGCUUCGCCCAUUAGGUCCUCGAAAACUACUGUUCCUCAUAAGGACGAGGAAGGAAAAUAUCCACUGACCAGACACACCAAGAAAUCUUCGCAGGUGAUGUUUAGGACAGAAAGUCUGUCUAGCAAUAAUGAUUCACUACUUCGGACCGCAAAGAGCACUCCCGAAACUUCAGUACGAAAGCAAGUUAGUUCUAGAGAACACCUGAGAAAUACGAAGAGUGCGAUGAGCGAGAGGAAAAUUGAUGUACUUGAGAGAAGAGCUCAGAGUGCUUUGUUCGCCCGACCUUCGUCUUGUUUAAGGGAUCGUCAAUCUAGAAUGGAAUUCCUCAAAGAGGAUGCGCGUCUGGAAGAACAAGAAUGUACUCGAAAAGUGGAAGCGUUCAUCAAGAAAAUGAAGAAAAUGACCGCGCCUCCUAAACCGAGCAUUGCAUUUCUUUAG